CCGGCGGCUCUUCCGGUCUGUCCGCUGACUGUCAUGGCGGCUCACUGUCGGAGGUUCGUGUGACGGACAGAUUAGAUGAACUGACGGAAGAACGACGUCACUGACAGGUACAAGUAUGAUGUCAUCAGUGAUGAGGCGGGCCCGGUUGCUCGCCCACGCCGACCCGGUUCUGCUCAGCCACUUCCUGCCCGUGCCCCUCCCCUGUCCUGCUCGAAGCUCCGCCCCCCUGCACACCUGGCAACAGGACAGGAAGUCGAUGUCCAAGCAGGUGCAGGUCAAAGGUCAGCAGAAGGAGCCGAAGACCCAGAAGGUCAAAGUGAACUUGGACAAACAGGAAGUGGAGAUCAUGCAGAGGAUGACGGCGGCGUCUCUCGCCGCGGCCAUGAACAAAGACUUCGAUCACGUGUGUGCGGCGCUGCUGAACACGCCGCUGGAUCUGGACUCGCUGAGGCCGGACUCGGUUCUGGAGGAGAAGUGGAUUAAGGAGGUGGUGAUUCGUUCGGGGAUGAAGUUCAAAUGGGCCAAACUGAGUCAACCCAAAGAGAGAGCGAACAGAGACGUCCACAGGAGACCUCCAGCAGACCCCUCCAGCCUGCUGCCCCGACCCCCGGUGGUCACCAUCAUGGGACACGUAGACCACGGGAAGACCACCCUGCUGGACAGUCUGAGGAAGAGCCAGAUCGUCUCCAAAGAGGCCGGAGGGAUCACACAGCAUAUGGGAGCCUUUCUGGUCCAGCUGCCUACAGGCGAGAAGAUCACCUUCCUGGACACUCCGGGUCACGCUGCCUUCUCCUCCAUUAGAGCCCGUGGAGCCAACGCCACCGACAUCAUCAUCCUGGUGGUGGCGGCCGACGACGGCGUCAUGGACCAGACGGUCGAGUCCAUCCACCACGCCAAGAGAGCCAAAGUGCCGAUGAUCGUGGCGGUCAAUAAGUGCGAUAAGCAUCAGGCCGACCCUCAGAGGGUCAAACAGGAGCUGCUGGCUCAUGAUGUGGUCUGCGAGGAGUUCGGAGGAGAUGUUCAGGCGAUCCACAUCUCUGCUCUCAAGGGUGACAACCUGCUGGCUCUGGCCGAGGCCACGGUGGCGUUGGCAGAGGUUCAGGAGCUGAAGGCGGACCCCAGUGGACUCGUGGAGGGACUCGUCAUCGAGAGUCGCAACGACAAAGGCAAAGGUCCAGUAACCACGGUGAUCGUCCAGCGGGGGACGCUGAAGCGAGGCAGCUUGCUGGUGGUGGGGAACACUUGGGCUAAAGUGCGUUUGCUGUUUGAUGAGAAUGGGCAGGCGCUGAAGGAGGCGGGGCCGGGCAGGGCGGUGGAGGUGGUCGGUUGGAAGGAGCAGCCGUCAGCUGGAGAGGUUCUACUGGAGGUGGAGUCAGAGUAUCUGGUUGUGGAGCAGCAACAGGCGAAGGAGGUGGUGAGCUGGAGGAUCUAUGAGGAGGAGCAGCAGCGGCUGCAGGAAGAGCAGAGCGCCAUCGAGCUCAAACAGAAGGAACACCUGCAGGAGUACAGGAAGGAGAGGGAGGAGCUAGGUCACCUGAGCUGGAGGAAGAGGAGGGCAGCUGUGUACCAAGCUAACAAGUACAAGUUCUCCAUGAGGCCGAGCGAGAGGACGCAGAGAGACAAUCUGAUUCUGCCACUCAUCAUCAAAGGUGACGUGAACGGCUCACUGGAGGCCAUCCUGAACAUCCUGGACAGUUACGACGCUCAGCAGCAGUGUGACCUCGAGGUGGUUCACGUCAGCAUCGGAGACAUUUCAGAGAAAGACGUCAACAUGGCGGAAACAUUCUCAGGUUCCAUUUACGGGUUCAACGUCGGGGCCAGUAAGUCCGUCCAGCAGCUGGCGGCGAAGCGCUGCGUCCCGCUCCGACUUCAUAACAUCAUCUACAAACUGGUCGACGAGCUGAAGGAGGAGCUCAGCGCCAAACUGCCGCUGCUCGUCUCGGAGAACAUCAUUGGUGAAGCUACGGUUCUCGCCAUAUUUGAGGUCUCGGUGGGGAAGAAGAAAGUUCCCGUCGCCGGCUGUCGGGUUCAGAAAGGUCAGCUGGACCGCCAGCGGAAGUUCAGAGUGAUCCGAGGCCAGGACACCGUCUGGGAGGGUUCUCUGGCGGCGUUAAAGCAUCACAAAGACGAAGUGCAGACGGUGAAGGUGGGGAUGGACUGCGGCCUGUCGGCUGAUGGCGGCCUCGACUUCAUGCCCGGUGACGUCGUCGUCUGCUUUGAGAAGGUGAACGUGCCGCAGGUCACUUCGUGGGACCCCGGCUUCUGAUGACUUCACCUCCCAGCAUCCUCUGCUGCAAACAGGAAGUUGGACAAACUGCUGACGUACAGACUUCCUUACUUACUCAGUUUGCGUCUGAGUGACAUCACUUCCUCCCAACAGGCUGAACCCAGAGUUUAAACUCAGUUCUGGAUUUAGAGACUUCAUCAGUCCAGUGAAUUCUCCACCUGACGCUCUUUCAAGAGAUAACUGUUUGUUUUUUGAUGCCAUUAAAAUAAAACUCAUUAAA